ACAGCAAAUUGUGCGCCCGGACGCGUCGGCGCUCUAGCCCUCGGCGCGCUCGCUGCCCCGCCGCUUGCGCACGGCCGGCGCUCUAGCCCGCGCUACCCGGCCCCUCUCGCCUGCCCUGGCGGGGUUCCGCGUCGCCGGCUGGUUGCUUGGUGGCCGAGGCCGGAGACCAUUCCGUCGCGUGUCCGUCAUGGACGGCGCCAGCACCUGCCCCAGCUUUCAGUCGGACUUGGAUUUCUGUCCGGAUUGCGGCUCGGUCCUGCCCCUGCCCGGAGCUCAGGAUACGGUCGUCUGUACUCGCUGUGGCUUCUCCAUCCACGUGCGGGACUUCGAAGGGAAGGUCGUGCAGACUUCCUUUGUGUUCCACAAGCUGGGGGCAGCCGUGCCUGCGUCGGCGGAGGAAGGGCCCGAGUUCCAGGGACCCGUGGUUGACAGGCGCUGCUCUCGCUGUGGCCACGAGGGAAUGGCGUACCACACCCGGCAGAUGCGCUCAGCCGACGAGGGGCAGACCGUCUUCUACACCUGCACCAGCUGCAAGUUCCAGGAGAAGGAAGAUUCAUAAAUUUUUUUCUGGGCAACUCUACAAAUCUUCCUUGAGAAGCAAAACAUAUUGGUUCUUAGAUGCCUUGUCCAUUGGAUAUUAGUUGCAAAGUUUGGCUCAAUCAUCAUGUGGGGACUACCAUUGUCCCCAGAGUACUUCUACCUCUAGUUGAGUUUACUUAUUAAAGUUGUAUUUUUUCUAAGAACUCUA